GCUUAGCCCGUCAGCGAAUCACAAAAACACGUAUUGACUUGUAACUUGCACCUGCAAUGUACUUGUUUCACUAUUCUCUGUUUCCUCUUGUUCGUCACUUUCAGUCGCCAGAAAUGGAAUGAAGAGCAUCACAAAUGGAUCAAAGCCAGCGAUCAAUAGCAUCAGCAGCUGCAGCUUCCCGCGGUUACCAGUUUCACCCUGCUCGAGCUGCCAUUAUCGAUCUCUUUAAUGUCUAUUUAGGAAGAAGUAGCCGCCAAAAGGCUGACGAUUCAACUCGCGAACCACCGAACAAGACGCAAAAGCGAGUACUUGCUCUUAACAGAGAGCUCCCUCCUCGAAAUGAGCAAUUCCUUUUAGAUUUUGAGCAACUGCAGAGCCAGUUUCCUGAUCAAGAUCAGCUGCGGUCUGUCACAGAAUCUGUUCUUAUAUCUUUGGUUGUUCAGUGUUGUAAUCAUGCCCCACGGGCCGAAUUUCUUCUCUUUGCUUUACGGAGCUUAUGCAGCAUAGGAUACAUUAAUUGGGAUACUUUUUUGCCAUCUCUUCUUUCUUCUGUAUCCUCUGCUGAAAUGUCAGCUGGUCAGGCUGGUCAAACAAUGUCAGCUAUUUCAUCUAUGAAUUUAUCACAGACUGGGAUGCCUCAUUCUUCAAGUGCAAUGCCCAACUCAUCGAAUUUUCAGUCUUCAAAUCCUACAUCUCCAUUACCCUCAGUUCAUGGUAUUGGUUCUCCUGCCCAAUCAGCAAUUGAACCAUCAACUGUUGCAAGCUUGUCUCCUGUUAAAUCAUCUGAUAUUUCUGGUAAUGGGCAACAGUCUACAACAAGGAUCAACUUAUCUACGAGGGAUAAUGCCAUAAGCAGCUUACGCCAGCUAUGUUGCAAGAUUAUUUUAACUGGUCUUGAGUUCAAUUUAAAGCCAGUGACUCAUUCUGAGAUUUUCCACCAUAUGUUAAAUUGGAUGGUCAAUUGGGACCAAAGACAACAUGGAGUCGAUGAAUCUGAUGGUGUGAAAUCAUGGAGACCUGACAAAGCUCUGACUGAAUGGCUGCACAGUUGUCUGGAUGUUAUUUGGCUGCUGGUUGAUGAGAAUAAGUGUAGAGUGCCCUUUUAUGAAUUAUUACGCAGUGGUUUGCAGUUUAUAGAGAACGUACCAGAUGAUGAAGCUUUAUUUACACUUAUCUUGGAGAUCCAUAGGAGGCGGGAUAUGAUGGCCAUGCACAUGCAAAUGUUAGAUCAGCACCUUCAUUGCCCGACAUUUGGUACUCAUCGAAUUCUGUCUCAAACAACUCCUACAAUUUCAGUUGAACCAGUAGCAAACUUGCGGUAUUCCCCCAUCACAUAUCCAAGUGUGCUUGGAGAACCAUUGCAUGGAGAGGAUCUUGCAAAUUCUAUUCAGAGGGGAAGUUUAGAUUGGGAAAGAGCUUUGCGUUGUAUAAGACAUGCUCUUCGCACUACUCCAUCACCUGAUUGGUGGAAGCGUGUGCUCCUUAUGGCUCCUUGCUAUAGGAAUCCCGCUCAUGGACCUACUCCUGGUGCAGUUUUCACUUCUAGCAUGAUUUGUGAGGCAACAAUUGACAGAAUUGUUGAACUAUUGAAGUUAACAAAUUCAGAAGUAAACUGUUGGCGGGAGUGGCUUGUCUUCUCCGACAUAUAUUUUUUCCUUGUGAAGAGUGGAUGCAUUGAUUUUGUUGAUUUUGUGGAUAAGCUAGUUUCACGUCUCACAGAGGGCGAUCAGCAUGUUCUUCGCACAAAUCAUGUGACUUGGCUGUUUGCACAAAUUAUUCGAGUUGAAUUUGUGAUGAAUGCAUUAACCAAUGAUGCUAGAAAGGACUCUCAUGUUUGGGAUUUCACUUUUCACCUGCGAACUUUAACUUGGCAAUUCUGCUGGCAGGUAGAAACGACCAGAAAGAUUAUAUCAUUUCACAGAGAAGAUCGCAAUUCAGAUCCUAAUAAUCCUCAAAGCAUCUUGCUUGAUUUUAUUAGCAGUUGCCAAAACUUACGCAUUUGGUCAUUGAACACAUCGACGAGAGAAUAUUUAAAUAAUGAACAGCUUCAAAAAGGAAAGCAAAUUGAUGAAUGGUGGAGAAAUGUGACCAAAGGCGAUCGCAUGAUUGAUUACAUGAAUAUGGAUGAUAGAUCAAUUGGAAUGUUUUGGGUUGUGUCCUACACUAUGGCACAGCCAGCUUGUGAAACAGUGGUGAACUGGUUAUCCUCUGGUGGAGUUUCUGAGUUGUUACCUGGAGCAAAUAUGCAGUCAAAUGAGAGGCUAAUGGUGAUGCGGGAAGUAAGCCCAUUACCAAUGUCAUUAUUAUCUGGCCUUUCAUUGAAUCUCUGUUCAAAAUUGGUUCUGCAACUGGAAGAUUCUUUAUUUGCUGGACAGGUUAUUCCUAGCAUUGCAAUGGUUGAAACAUACUGCCGAUUGCUCCUCAUUGCACCUCACUCAUUGUUUCGUUCACACUUCACACAUUUGGCACAGAGGUACCCAUCCCUAUUGAGCAAGCCUGGAGUCACGCUUUUGGUGUUUGAAAUUUUGAACUAUCGGUUACUUCCACUGUACAGGUACCAAGGGAAAAGCAAAUCAUUGAUGUAUGAUGUUACUAAAAUAGUUUCUACUUUAAAAGGGAAACGAGGGGACCAUCGUGUAUUUAGACUGGCAGAAAACUUGUGCAUGAAUCUAAUUUUAUCGUUGAGAGAUUUUUUCUCUGUGAAAAGAGAAGGGAAGGGUCCAACUGAAUUCACUGAAACUUUGAACCGUGUGACCAUAAUUACUCUUGCCAUUAUCAUCAAAACUCGUGGAAUUGCUGAUGCUGAUCACUUGCUUUAUCUUCAGACUAUGCUAGAACAGAUAAUGGCAACUAGCCAGCACACAUGGUCAGAAAAAACUUUGCGCUACUUUCCUCCUCUCCUUCGUGAUGCCUUGAUUGGGAGGAUGGAUAAAAGGGGGUUAGCUAUUCAAGCAUGGCAGCAGGCGGAGGCAACUGUGAUUCACCAAUGUACCCAGCUUUUAUUACCAACUGGUGAUCCCACUUAUUACUUGACUUACAUCAACCACAGUUUCCCACAGCAUCGACAAUAUCUGUGUGCUGGUGCAUGGAUACUGAUGCACGGACAUCCUGAAGGCAUUAAUAAUGAAAAACUGGCACGUGCUUUGAGAGAAUUCUCCCCUGAAGAUGUGACAGCAAAUAUAUAUACCAUGGUGGAUGUUCUACUUCACCAUAUUCAUGUGGAACUUCAGCAUGGGCAUUCUUUACAGGACCUUCUACUGAAGACCUGUGCAAACCUUGCAUUUUUUGUGUGGACCCAUGAGCUGCUUCCUUUGGAUAUUUUGCUUCUGGCUCUUACUGACCGUGAUGAUGAUCCCCAUGCUUUGCGUAUUGUGAUCAGUUUACUUGAUAGGCAAGAGCUUCAACAAAGAGUUAAAAUGUUUAUCAUGAAUCGUGGGCCUCCAGAGCAUUGGCUUUUCUCCGGAACGUUCAAGCGUCUUGAUUUGCAAAAGGCACUAGGCAAUCAUCUCUCAUGGAAGGACAGGUAUCCCACAUUUUUUGAUGAUAUUGCAGCCCGUUUGCUUCCAGUCAUCCCCUUAAUUGUUUAUAGACUUAUUGAAAAUGAUGCCAUGGACCAUGCUGAUAGAGUUCUGGCUGUGUAUUCUCAAUUUUUAGCAUAUCACCCCUUAAGAUUCACAUUUGUCCGUGAUAUACUUGCAUACUUUUAUGGCCAUCUUCCUGGAAAACUCAUUGUGCGGAUACUAAAUGUGCUUGAUUUAAACAAGAUCCCAUUUUCAGAGUCAUUCCCUCAGCACAUUAGUUCAUCAAACCCUGUUAUGUGCCCACCUCCCGAGUAUUUUGCUACUUUGUUGCUGGGACUUGUGAAUAACGUGUUACCACCAUUAAAUACCAACUCAAAGUAUGGUGCAGUUGGAGAUGGUUUAUGUAAUUCAGUGCGCAAUCCAAAUACCAAGACUCCAGCAACAUCUCAGUCAGGGGCAACAAAUGCUUCUGAGGGGCAGAAAGCAUUUUAUCAAAUUCAGGAUCCCGGAACUUAUACUCAACUGGUUCUUGAAACAGCAGUAAUUGAACUGCUAUCGCUUCCAGUGACACCAUCCCAAAUUGUGUCGUCUCUGGUCCAAAUUGUAGUUAAUAUUCAACCAACUCUAGUGCAAUCCAGCAAUGGUCUGCAUGGAGCUUCAAAUAGUGUUGGGCAAGGAUCAGUUUUACCAACAUCCCCUUCUGGGGGGAGUACGGAUUCCAUAGGUGCAAGUAGAUCAACUCCUUCAGCUUCAGGAAUUAAUACUGCUAAUUUUGUUUCCCGGAGUGGUUAUACAUGCCAGCAACUAUCUUGCUUAUUCAUCCAAGCUUGUGGUCUUCUACUGGCUCAGCUUCCUCCAGAUUUCCACAUGCAACUUUAUAUGGAGGCAUCACGUAUAAUAAAAGAGAGUUGGUGGCUCACUGAUGGCAAAAGAUCACUCGGGGAACUGGACUCUGCUGUUGGCUAUGCCUUAUUGGACCCUACAUGGGCUGCUCAGGACAAUACCUCAACAGCCAUUGGUAAUAUUGUUGCCCUGCUACAUUCUUUCUUCAGUAACCUCCCACAGGAAUGGCUAGAAGGGACACAUGUAAUUAUUAAACAUCUUAAACCAAUAACGUCGGUUGCAAUGUUGAGGAUAGCAUUCCGUAUAAUGGGUCCGCUUCUUCCACGACUUGCCAAUGCUCACUCUCUCUUCAGUAAGACCCUAUCAUUGCUUUUAAACACAAUGGCUGAGGUAUUUGGGAGGAAUUCACAGCCAUCUACUCCUGUUGAAGCUUCAGAAAUAACAGAUCUUAUCGACUUCCUCCAUCACGUUAUCCAUUAUGAAGGGCAGGGAGGUCCUGUUCAGGCUAAUAGUAAGCCUAGACCAGAGGUCUUAGCUCUUUGUGGGAGAGCAGCAGAAAAUCUCCGUCCAGAUAUACAACAUCUUCUUUCUCACCUGAAACCCGACACGAACUCUUCCAUUUAUGCUGCUACGCAUCCAAAGCUGGUCCAGAAUCCCUCAUGAUCGGUUAACAUUUCUUACAGUCUUGUAUUGAGAUAGAAAUGCUCUUUGAGCUUUUAGCAUAGACACUACAUGAUUGGAAAAGCUUCAAACCAUAAAUUAUUUUGCAUUGAUGUGCCGAAAAGAGCCAUUGAAAGGAUUGAAGCUUGUUACACUGCUUGCGGCUUUAACAGCGAGGGAAAUGAAUUUUGCUAUGGAGGUGUUAAUAUGCCUGCAUCUCAUCCCUGUUGCAGCUGGAAGGUUUACACUAGCACACUUAGUAUGUAUAAUAUUGUUCGAAUUUAAAAGUAUGAUUAUCACCUUUUUUUAAUUUUUUUUUUAUUUUAUAUUUAUCUUUCUUAGUUUUCUCUUUCUAAGGAAGGCUUUUAUGUUUGAGUAUUUGUAAAUAUAAUGUUUUACAUAUAAUGAGAUUAUUGAAUUAUAAGAAUACUGAUCGUAGUUGCUGUGCCGCGUCAUUUCUUUCUCAA